AUGACUUUAAUACAUAUAGUUAAAAAUAAUGAUAAAACAAUGUGUUAUUGGCUCUGUUUUGUGUCCACAGGAGACCCUGAUAAACAUGCUGCAGUGCUUUGACUUUCACCAGAGUCACAUUCAUAGUCUGAAGAAUCAUGUUCCCCCACAUUGUCUACCCAAAAGCAAUGAGAAAAGUAAGUUGCUUUAUUUAGGUUUUUAUGCAUUUGUUUUAAAAGAUGAAAGGGGGCAUGUGAUACAGACUAACGUCCAUGGCCUGUGUGUGUCUGCAGAAUCAGAGUCAGAGAACGAGGACGCUCCAUUAUCUAGCACACCACCACAAUUCCUAAAAGCCAAGAAAAUUUACACCUACAGUGGCAUAAACAAGUAUACAGUACGAUUGAGUGACAAAAAGAGGGAUCCUCAGAGCAAAGACUCAGAGAGAUUUAUCAUAAAUGCUGUUGAGGAGCAAGAACACCAGCUGGUGAGUGAUGGACAAAGCAAUUCAUCAGAAGUAGAAACUGCAGAGGACAAAGAGUCGUGGUCUGUUGAUGAUAGCGAGCCAUCACAAAGCUCCACAGACUCCAACUCCACAACUUCCUCUUACAAUACAGGGAGCACUGAGACUGAAUGUACCUGUAGUAUCUGUGAAGACCAAACAGGAAGUGAAGAUGGAAGCCCAGGGAGAAAGGUGUUGGAUACACCUCCAUCAGGAUCAGGAAUUCUUCUUAAAGACCCCAUGCUUGGAGCUUUUCCAGCUGCAUGGAAAAAGCAUUUUCCUUUCAGACAUACACUGCCAAAAACACCAAUACUGCCUGUGCGUUCGCCACCCCUGCGGGAAACAGACAGCCUGAUCCUCAACCCCUCUCUGCUUACGUCUCCUUCUCAAGGUCUGAGCCGUUCUCUCCAUCCCGAAGGACGAGAAGCGCUACAAACAUUAUUCGAGGACGUGUGGGUCACCCCAGAAUCUACCAUCUUAAAAAGUCCCAGUUUGCAAAGCAGUUUUGGAAAUGACUCAGAGACUGUCAUGAGUCCUGGAAAUGGCAGCUAUCUGUACUUGAAGAGUGAGGAAGGGAACAAAAGUUCUGAAGAUGAAACCCCAGAACAACUCAUUCCUCUGAAAAGAGCAAGAAAAGGAUAUACACACAGGCGCACUUCAAGAGCAGGACGUGUUACAACGCAGCCAAACCCAAAGAAGAAAUGUGUGAAUGGCUUCAUUAUGUUCUGCCGAAUGAACAGAAAAUUAUAUAUCAGAUCCUAUCCUGGCAUCCCGUCCACUACAGUCACCAAAGAGUUAGCCAAUCUAUGGCACAUCUUACCCAAGAGGGAGAGACGUUUGUACUGCCUGAAAGCCUGGAGCUUCAGUUGCCAGCAAAACCGCAAUGUGCGCGCUCAAGCACACGAGGCAGAAAUCAAGGCAGAACGCUCUGUGCCCAGUCCACUGCACAUGUUACUGGCCUAUAGAGAAGUGUAUGAAGCUGUCAAAUGAAGGUCUUCACACUUCAGCUACCUACCAUAUUGAGAAUAUAUGCUGGAAAGGUCUAAGAAAGGCAACCCAAACUGACUACUGGUCUUCAAACAACAGCGUUUUAUAGUUCAAUACCGCUUUAUUAAGGUUAAUCACUGUUGUGAUUAAACACAAUUGCAUCUCAGGCAUUUUAAAAUAACUUAUUUAUUGUGUUAAGUAUAUUUUUAUUGUUCUAAUGUUUCUAACCAUCACAGAGCAUAUUUACAUUUUCAGUGUUUUUAUAUACUGUUUUCAGCAUUUUUCAUUGUGACUUUACAUUGUUUGAUAAAACAUAUCCUGACUUUUAUUACUUAUUUAUAAUAGAUGGCAAUUGUUAAGUAUCUAUCUUUGUAUAUAUAUUUAUAUAUUUAUUAUAAUGUUUUAUAUUAAGCUGUUUUAUAGCUUUUUUUACAGCCUUAACCUAAUUAUUCACUAAGAAGCCUUAGGGGAGCUGUACUGUUUCCCAAGAAAGUUACCAACCUUAUGAAAGUUGUUCUGGUUUGUAGAUACUGUGCUGUUAUUAAACCUUGACUGAGUUCA